AUGAAAAAAAAGAUAAACAUUAAAAAUUUUGAGUUGGAGGAAAUUAUUUUCAUACUCUUAAACUGCUUAGAUAAUGAAAAACAAUUAAAUUGGGAAAUAGUGAACACUCUUAAAAUAUAUGUUAUGUAUCACAAAUGUGAAAUUUUAAAUUACGUAUUUUCUUUUUUACAAAUACAAAAAGUAAGCCACGAAAAUCAGAAAUUGUUGCUUUACUUGAUAUAUGACCUUGUACAUUAUUGUAUUUUUAACCAAUUUAGUAACACGGUUGAUAAAUAUUUAGAUUAUAUAAAAAGAGAUGUAAUAAAGAAAGGAGCAAAAUUAACAGCACAAAAUGGAAAAAAUUACAAAUUUAAAGAUAUAUACAUAUUUGAUAACAUUUUAAAGUAUUCUUUUUUUGAUGGUGAUGAGUACUGUUAUCUGUAUAAACAUCAGUUUUCUCAAGGAAAAAAUUGUCAAUUGGAACUCAAAAAUAGGGUAAAUGAAACGGAUUCUUGUGAUCCCAUAUGCAGUAGUAUUAGGAAAAGAGGUAUAGACACAAAGGAGAAAAGAAAAAAUAAGAGAAACAUCUUCUAUGAUGAUAAAAUUUCAACAUUAACAUGCUUAAAAAAAGAAGAGUAUAAAGCCACUGUAAUAGAAGAAAAAAACAAUUUCAACAAAUUCAAAAAGAACAAAAAUCAACAAAGUGAUAAUUGUAACUUCGGAAAAAGUAUGUACAACAUACAAAACACAGAAAAGAUAUCUGAAAUAAGCAACAUCAUUAGAAAUAUAAUAAACUUCCUCUUGAACGAAAUUCUAUACAUUAAGCGGAAUGAUGAACGACACUACAUAAUGACCAAUCUACUAAUUCUAUGCGUCAUUAAGGAAGAUGUCUAUUUAAAGAAGAAAAUAGUAGACAAGCUGAAUUACCACCUGAAUGCUACCACCUCCAACCCAGAAUAUGCAAACAGCGCAUCAGAAUUGGUAUUAAUCCAGUCCCCAAAUGGAAUCAAUAACCAUGUUAAGAAUGUCAAUACAGGAAGGAGCAGCAACACUGGAUGUGGCAACCACACGAGAAGGAGGAGCAACACGAGUUGCAUUGGCAGCAGUGGAAACCCAAGCCUGUACACAUACCUCGAACUUUACAUCGACAUAUUCACAGAAAUACCUCACCUCACUAAAAGCAUUCUCCCAGAAUUUUUUAAAAUCAUCCUUUCUUUGGAUCAUAGCAAUAGACAUAUGGAUAUGAUAUAUAAAAUUUUUUUCAAAAUUUUUUAUGAAAUUCAAUUUCCAUCAGUUUUGUAUACAAUAGUCCAUAUGAACACAAAAUAUAAAAAAAAAAAUUUUAUUUCAUCAAAUAAGCAACACACGAAUGUAUAUAUUGAAAAUGAUGUAAUUCAUUUGUCUCUCGAAAAUACUAGUGAAGAUACCUGCACAACGUACACUAGGGAAUCAUCACUGAAUUCGAAUAUUCUAAGUAAAAAUAAUGACAUCCAUGUCUUUAAUGAUGAUAUUAAAAAAGUGAAGUUAUGUCAAACACAGGAUAAGAAAGAAAUGAUAGGAGCUAUGACAGACAAAUGUCUACACCAAAUUGAAAAUAGAUCACAGUAUGACAUUUUCUAUGACGCCCAAAAUGAUAUGAUCCAAUGCAACAUGAGUUCUGCAUUUCCUGAGAAGAAAAAACUCGAACAGAAGAGAAGUGACAAUAAUAUCUCCAAAGAUGCAAGUGAUUCUACAAAUACUAAUGAAAAUCAAGCUGAGUCAAGUCCACAUGAUUAUCAAAAUGGAUUCAAUAAUUCCACAUUAUCAGAAAAUUUUUACACUGCUAUGAAUUCGAAAGAAGAGACGAAUGAGUUGCAGGAAGUUUGUAGCGAUGAUACUACUGGAUGCAGGUCCCCUCCUCCUUUCUACGAAGGGAAAAAAACAUGUGAGAAUUCUCCAACAACAGAACAUGAGGUGAUUCACCCAAAUGAGAAUUCUGCAAAAAGAGAACAUGAGGUGAUCUACCCAAAUGAGAAUUCUGCAAAAAGAGAACAUGAGGUGAUCUACCCAAAUGAGAAUUCUGCAAAAAGAGAACAUGAGGUGAUUCAUUCAAAUGGAAGAAAAACCUUCAUUGCAAGAAGAAGAGAGAACUCCAAUCAGGAAAUGCUGAAAGAGGGGAAUAAUCCAAGACUAACCGAAAAUACAACAAAUGAGAAGGAAAUAAAAAAAACAAAAGAGGUAAAAGAUGUGUGCACAAAAAUGUUGGAUUUAUAUUUUAACAUAAUUCCUAAUAUGAAAUAUAAUAACGAAAAUUAUGGAAAGAUCCUUUAUAUCAUAUCAAAACUGCUUCUAUAUGUAAAUAAUGAAGAAAUGACAAAAAAGACGAUAGAAAUAUAUAUAUAUUAUUUUUUUCUGUUUUUCAAUUCGAUUAUUAACAAUGCAAGUGCGUAUGACAUUUCUUCUAUUUAUAACAAUGAUGCACAAGUAUACAUAAAUUAUAGUAACAUAAAAGGGUUACCGGAGCACAAAGUGAUUAGUAGCUUCAGAAUGAUCCUACAAAAUUCUUUAUACAAGAUACAUUUGAUAGUUGCAUUUGCAAAUCAUAUAGUGAAGGUGGCGUAUUCUAUCCUAUACAUACUGAUCAACCAAAAUUACACAAUUAAUAAUGCCAAAGGAGUUGUGAAAUAUAUAACCUCUAAUUCUUAUGUUUCCAUAUUUAUCGAAACUAUUGAAAUAUUUAACAUUUUCAUAUCAUGUGUGUAUACAAACUAUUGCGUAUUUAAUUUUCUGAAAGAAAAAUUCAAAUCCAAUGUAAAAAUAGAAAUUCUUGUAUCCCUAAUUCUGCUGAAGCAGUAUAUUCUCCUAACAUCAGGGGAUCUGAACAAUGGUAACAUUAUCCAUUUGUCUAAUCAAAAUAUAAAGAAAAGAAAUAAUGAUUAUAAAAAAUGUUUCAAACGAUUAAACAAAUUUAUAAAUGAUAAAAAUAAAAAUAAUACUAAUAAUGUUGAAUUUAUCAUCCAAAUUGUGGCAAAUUUAUGUGAUAAAUUUAAUAACGAUUUGAGUAUUAUCUAUAUGAUACUAGAAAUUAAUUUAAUUUUGUCAUACUAUCACUAUUUUGAACACUUUUCCUACAAUGCUAGUGUCAUAUUGGGGUUACUUCCUCCGAUAAGUAGCCCUCUCUGCGAUUUGUAUAUUCGACAGGAAGAUUCAUCACUUGGAAAAACAGACAACUUUGGAAAAGAAUCAAUAAAUGAAAGUUGCUCCACCCAUCGAAGGAACAAUAAGGAUGGAAGAAAAGAAGUUGAUCUUAAUGCAAUUUCCAUUCAGAUGUGUAAAGAGAAAGGAAAUGAAACACUCUGCAUCGAUUCUAAAAGGAAUGUAAAUAGAAAUAGAUUGAAUAGUAAUGGUAAUGAUUCAAAGGGGCUUAAUUUUUCCAAUGCCCAAUUUCGGGAAAAAUUUUCAGAAAAUUACAAACAAGGAGAUACAGAUAUAAACACGAUGAAAUAUCAGGAAAAUGAGAUUAAAACAUGGUUAUUGAUACCAAAUAAACAUGUAAUAAAAAUUUUUCAUUUCAUGAUAAAUAUUCUCUUCACUGACGAGACACAUUUUAAAACGAAGAAUAAAAAAUACGGAUUUUGUGUUGAUGAAAAUGGCACAGUUGUAGACAUAAAUGACACACAUAAUGAAGUUUUAAAAAAUGGAUUUGAUAACAAUAGGAUAUUUUAUGACACGCAUUGGAAUUAUUUUAUUUUUAUGUAUCCAUCUGUUCCUUAUAUAAAGAAAUUAAUAUCACUAGCAUUUGAGUAUAACUUUUGUUUAUAUUCACCAAGAAUAUUAUACCCAUUAUUGUUUGAAUUUUUGAUAGAUAUCAAAAAUAGUUACAAAAUUAUAGUAAUCAUUUUAAAGUCAUUGAACAUUAUGUGCAUAUUACUUUAUAAUCAUAUGGUGAAGAAAAAUUUAAGGAUUCAUUCAAAAAUACAUUAUAAUUACUUAGCCUUACCUAAUAUGAGCACUAUUAUGUUGGUCUUAUUUACAUACUGCAUGCACCCAAACUUUGUUGUUUCAUUUCUUAGUUUGCAACUUAUUUCUAUACUGAGAUGUUUCACUCAAGGGAAAGCAUUGACAUCUGUUCAGAAUUUUACAUACUUUGAAUUACUUCUCAAUUUUAUCAAAUUAAGUGAAAAAUGUAUAACUUCGAAGGAAAGGGAAAAACAUCUCCAAUGUUCCUCAUCUCUGCUAACGGAAAAAUUGUAUAGUAGGAAAAUUCUAAUGCACAUAAGAAAACUUGCCAGAUGCAUAAAAAGAAGAAAGGGUACAAACAAUAUGCAUAAACGAAAUAAUGCAAAGUUUAAAAUGGCACUUUAUUACAAAUCUUUAAUAAAAAUGUGCUACAUGGAGAUAGCAAAAAGGAUUAGUAAAAAGUUAUUAAAUGUUUUCUUGAAGACAUAUCCAUCUGGGUACCAUAAAAAACAACGGAAAAAAAUAACCACCAUUAUUAAGCAUUUCUUUAAUAUAGAUUUCAAGAAAAUUGAAAUAUACACAUUGCAUAGAGAUGAAGAAUGGAAUCACACACUGAUAAACACUGCUCAGAUUAGUACACCAUUCAGUAUUGAUAUGACUAGUCUUAUAGGAAAUAAGAACACGCAGAGUGACAGUGAGGAAGCACUUCACACUAAAGUAGAAUCCAUGGAUUAUGAUUUUACACAAAUUCUUAGGCUGAUGCAAAGAUUUUUCAGUACUUACAUAAAAAUAGAAAUAGACAAAAUUUACAACUAUCAUAGCUACAUAGUAACAUAUUUUUAUACACUUAUUGAAUUGAUAAGAAUUAUUAAAAGUAACAGUGAAUUUGAAAACACCUUUUUCUUUCAAUGUAUUGUUAACAUACUAUGUGUUGUUGUAAAAAAGUUUAAUGGGAAAUUUGCAAAUAAAUUAAUUACUGUUUUUUUCAAUCUGAAUGAAGAAGUAAUAAUAAAUGAAGAGGAAAACAUGUUCCUAACUCUUUAUAUGAAUUUCUCAAGUAUAUAUAAAAACCAUUUUUUUAAUUUGUAUACAGAAAAAUGCACUACAUCAUACAUGAAAAAUUGCAUUGAGUGUAUUCAAAUAAUGCGUGAUGGUUUCUUAUAUGCAAAAAAGAGUAAUGAAAAUCAGCUAGACUUUAACAACUUUAUGCUACUAUCCAACACGUAUAAUAGUGAUAUUUCAAGACAAAAAUAUAUUAACCAAUUUUUACAUUAUCUCAAUGAAUACCAAUCUGUAUAUCGAUCUAACAUUCUCCAGUUGGAUGAACUAAACGGAGGAUUACUCCUAAAAUGGAAGCUUCAUCAGCAGGAGUGUACCUCCAAAAAAUGCAGUGAAAAUUACAUCAAAUCUGAGAAGAUAGAAAUAGAAAAGAAGGGGAAAAAACAAGAUAGAAAAUGUGCAACAAUUUUAAAGAACCAUGGAGAAGAAUUGAAAAGACAACUUUACAGAAACAAUGAAGUUGUAAGAAAGGCUUACGAAUUAUUAGAAGGUGCACUAGGAUCGUUUAUUCUACAAAAUGAUAUAAAUUUCUCAUUAUGCAAAUGUUUCCAUCAAGAUAUUACAGCUUAUUAUAUAGAGAGUAUACUACAUAAAAAGAAUCUAUUUCGAAUUCUUAUCUUAUUGAAUAAUAUCUACCAUUCAGAUAAAGCAAACAGAAAAAGUAGUGCAUUUUCAAUUUUUGGAAAAUCAAAUAAUGUUAUUAAUGCAGAAAAUAUAAGAAAUACCUUAAUAUUAACUACAGGAAUGUGUAUUAAAAAAAUCCCUGCGUCCAAAUUUCGAGAUCUAUACAACAUUAAUCAAGUUUAUGUAGAUGAUAAGAUAUUCAACAUUUAUGUGAAGCAUGUUUAUAUACCUGUAGUCAAAUAUAACAUCGAUUUUUUAAAUUCCAUUUUCGAGCAAAACGAAGCAGUGGAAAAUGAGGAACAAAUUCUAAACAAGAUACUUGUCAAUAAACAGAAAUAUAUUGAAGUUAGAUACAAGCAAGAGAUAAACAUGAACAUGCAACUCAGGAACCAUAUUAUCACAAACGUAGAAAAGGUGGAACAAGAUUCUUCUUCUUCUUCUCUCAACAUCUCACCAUUUUUAAAAAUGAACAAUACACAAUUUUUCUGGGCUACAGAAGAACACGUCAACACUUCCACGGACAGUGUAAAUAUGGAAAGUGUUACAAAUGGAAGAAACAAAGGAAUCCAAGAGAUGAACAACAAAGAUCUAUGCAAAUCCUUACCUCAGGAAAAAACCAGUCUUCUCACGUUUCAGCUUUUAGUGGAUCCUGUUAUAUGUUCACUAUACCAGGAGAAGGAAAAAACAAUACAAGAAAAUUUACUGAAAGCGAUGAAAAGUAUAUCGAAGAAGCUGAUGCAUAUUAAAAUAUGCUGUAGAAAAAAAAAAACACUACAGCGUGAACAAAUGAAAUGGAAAAAUUGUGUAUUACAAAACGUUUGUGAUCUCCUCUCAGAUUCUCCUAUAAGUCUACUAGAUGUGAAAAAUCAUCAGUAUGGUAUAAAAGACGUGUGUGAAUAUUACUUGAAUGAAAAGGUAAGCGAAGUUCCUUUCUAUUCCUGUCUUUACAUGUACAAGCAUAUAAUAAUUUAUUCAUCUCUUCAUUAUAUAGCAAAUUUUGAGGAACUAACACUUCCCAUGAGUAGCUUCACAUUCAAAGGGGUAGAAAAAUUUGCUAUAUAUUUUAAAUACACAAAUAAUAUAAUUUUUAAUAAAAGUGAGUAUAGCAUUAAGGAAGAUAUAAAAAAAGGACUCAGUGAAGAAUCGAAUAAGAACAACUUUUCAAAUAUUGUCAACACAGAGUAUGAAGAAUUAUAUAUUAAGGAAAUUAACAAAUGGGAGAAAAUGAUGAACCAUGAAUGUGGGCAAAUUUCAGGAGGUUCAGCAUCAAAUAAAGUAAUUUAUAAUGAUCAUUUUUCGCAAGAGAAAAAAGAAAGGAGCACAAAAACUGAGGAAAAGAAGUAUCAUUCAAAUUCAAAUUAUGUAAAAGCAACAGAAACAUUCUCACAUGAUAUAAAACUCGACAUUCAAACGGAUGUCUACAUAAAUUUGCAAAAUGCCUUGAAGAGCAUAUACUAUUGCCUUUUCAUAAAAGAACCCAUACAUUUCCAGCUAGUUUUUAUCAUUGUAAAUGUUCUAAUAAAUUUAUUUCUAAAAAUUGUGCAUAAUGAAAAAAAACAAAUGUAUCACAAGUACCCUGAGAAAUGGCAAGUAUCUGAAAGCGUAGAUGAUGCAACACAGAAAUGUAGUAGUGCCAAUUUGGACUCCCAUAAAAUCAGCAGGAGUAACGAACAGAGUGAAAUGCAAAAAGUGGUUCAAUUAUCCCGUUCAUAUAAAAAUGAAAACGUGUUGAGAAAACAAAUGGAGGGGAAAAAAAAAAAUAAAAAAAAAUUUGCUAAAAAAUCUAUUCAGUUUAACCCAAAAAAUGAAAAACAACGACACGUCGAAAAAAUAAAACAAAAUGAGGAGAAGCAGAAGGAACAUGAAAGUGAUGAUAAAUUUCAACAAAAUGUUCAUGAUAAGAAAAUAGAUGCAAGUGCCAAAUUGGAAUCAUUGCUAAUGAAACCAAAUUCGUGUGAAGGUAGUGACAAGUUUGUUCACAUAGACAGGGAAAUUAAAGCACAUGGAGCAAAUGAUACAAUCUAUUCAAAUAAUGAAGAUGCAAAAUGUAGAAAUGUUUAUAGAAAUCUCGUCUUGGGUGUAACCAAGGGAGAAGAGAAAAAAAAGCAUACCAUGAAAAAGUACAGAAAAGUGCACAAAAAAAUGAAGAAUCAAAUGUUUGGAAAAAUCAGCCAACACGACAUGAAACUCCUCCAUGGAAAGAACAAAAUAUUUCUCAAUCUAAGCAAGUAUCAAGAUUUGGCUUUGUCUUCCAUAAAUCUAAUCACUUCUAUCAUAGUUAAGGCAGUUUUAGAAAUUAAAUUCUUUCCAUUUCAGAUGAAGAUAAUCAAGUAUAUACACGACACGUGUGUGCUAACCAAUAUAGGAGAAAUUAAAUUCAUUGCGUUUCGCAUACUAACUGAAAUAAUAAUAAAUUCUACCAUUUCCUGUAAAUCUGAAGAGGAUAAAGAUGCUGAAAAGAAACCCUUUGACAAGGAUGCAUACCAAAAUUCGUUUCCUCAGAAGCGUAUGAAAAAGGGAAAGUAUAAAUCAGGAGAAGAUAUUCACCAUUAUAGAGAUUCACUAGACAUGGAGAUGUCUAAAGAAGAAGGAAGUAAAAACGGAGAACUGCAUAUGAACAGCAUAACAGAGAGGAAAGAUCAUCAUGUGAAGACUAUGUCAUCGUGUAAUUCAUCCAAUUUUGAAAAAUAUUUUAAUUUAAUUUUUUCUCCCAGUGUGAAUUUUUCACAUGGGAAAUUUUUCGAUGUGAAGAAGGAUAGACAUGGUGAGUACUCUGGUGAGAGGGAUUGCCAUGGGGAGUGCUCUAAUGAGAGGGAUUUCCAUGGAGAGUUCUCAGGUGAGAGGGAUUCCCAUAGAAAGUGCUGUGAAGAAAAUGCCGAUCACACGAACCUGGAACAGAGGAAAGAUUCAAGUGAACAUUACCUUGACAGCUUCAGUAACGCAGAAGAUAAUGCACUAAACGACACAAUAAAUGAAGACAAUGAGAUGAGUUACGUGAACAAUGAGGAACUCGUUCUAAGUGAUCAAAUUGGUGAGCGAAGAAAUUUAAGAAAAUAUAAAAGUAGCGACAAUGGGUGGUUCGAUUGUAGUUUCAUAUAUGAACCUGAAUCAGAUGACAAAUGUCCAUGUGUCAAUUCAGGAAGAGAGAAAAAUAGAGAGGAAACCAGGAAUGGACUUAACGAAGAAAAGAAAAAGUGGGUUAAAACGGAACGAAAUUAUGUCUGCGAAUGUAUAGGUCUCUUAAUUCCUUACAUUAAGGACAAUGAAAAAAUAAUAAGCUAUAUGAGCAUAUGCUCUGUUUGUGCAAUAAUAGGAAAAUUGGAAAACAAAAAAGUAUUGCCAAAAUCACACUUCAUUUAUUUUUUUUUUAAUCGAAUAGAAAUGAUUUUGAAUGUAUUAUCAGGGGUCAUGAUGAGUCUUCCCAAUUCUGGUCAGAAAGCACGCAAAGAGAUCAGGAAGAAUGAGCUUCAAAUGAAACAUAAAGUAAAGCAGAACAUAACCAGUAAGGAUAUACAGAAUAUAAUGGUAGAUGACAAGACAAACCAAUUGAAACAUUACAUCCGAAAUAAGGAUGAAAAUAUGAUUGAAGAAACGUUUAAAGAUGAAGAGGCAAUAAACGAGAAAACCAGGUACAGUGAUGAAACGGGUAGUAACGGAUCAGAAAGGAAAGGUACUAAACUGGAAGAAUUAACACAUGAAGAUAUAGAAAUGAUGAAGAAAGGGCGAACGUUCCAUAGUAGAAGACAACCUGCUCCUAACAUUUCCAGAAAGUUUAAUUACAAAAAUGUUAGAUAUAACAUGUACAAUAUAGAACGGUACAACGAAUUUUACAAACGGGUAAGAAACAAAAUAGAAGAAAUAAACAGAGAGAAAUAUCAGAAAUGGUUUAUUAAAAGGCUAUGCAUGUUGUUAAACAGGAAAAAAAAGGAAGUAAACUUGUUCAAAAUUAUAAAUAAUAUAAUUAGUGAAACUUUUUCAGAGAAAGAAAAAAAAUCAUACGUAAAUUAUCUCAUUAAUUGUAUUCACAAUAGAAACAAAAGGGUUGCAAUGAAUGGUCUAAAUUUGCUUAUGUAUUUUACAUGGACUGAACAAAUUAAUAACGAAGAUAUUGACAUAAUUAUGAGUAGAAUUCUCAAUGAGUUGCACUAUUAUACAAAAUUGAACAUUUUAAAUGGUGUAGAAGGGGAAGAUAAUAUUGCACAUUGUAGGAGCACAAUAAAACCAAAUAGCACACUAGUUACAUAUUGUAACAUGUACAAAAAAAAAGAGAAAAAAAUCAAGAAUCCAAAUAUUUUAGAAAGAUCAUUGCAUAUAAUUUUACUCUUUUGUAGAAAAUAUUUCUAUGUAAUUAUAAGCAAAUUAUGUACACUGCAAUCUAAAUAUAGCUAUGAACACAUCUACUUCAUCUACAUGAUAUGUAAUAAUGAAACCUUGUUACAUAAGGCAUUAGACUAUUUAUUUUACAUAAUAAAUAAUAUGAACACAAUCAAAGUUAAUAACAACUUUAGUAAUAUACUAUCCUUGAUUUUCCAUUUCUUCAAGUUUCGAAAUUCAUACCUAAGGCACUACGUAAAGACAUACUUUACAGAACUUUUCAUAAUCAUCUUCUAUGUCUUAGGGGUAAAACAAUUAGCUCAUGUGAAUGGAGCAGUGACUACCCAGGUGAAUAGGAAAAACGAAUUUCAGUGCAUAAAUGGAAAUAGAAGCGAACAUGAAUAUAAUCACACUAAGGUUAAGACUAAGGUUAAGACUAAGGAUAAGACCAUCAAUCCUAUGGCACAACAACAAAUGCUGUUAUAUAGUCCAUUAUGUUCAGAUAAUGAACACGAUGUAAAAUUGAAAGAGAAACAGGAAAAAUGCACUGAUUUUCAUUUUCUCAAAAUGGUUAAGCAAAAAGAGGAAGGAACCAGAUCCAGCUUGUCUGAUAUGAAUAGACGUAUAAAUAAAAUUGACACAAAGAAUGGUUCAAGUGCACGUUUUAUUAGUAUAUUUAAAAAGGAGGAAAACCAUUUCAACACAAGUUACACUCAUAAAGAGAGUAACGAUGAUUGUGUAAAUUGGAAAAUAAAUCGAAGAGAAAAUAAAAAAAAGAUAAACGAUUUAGAUACUUUUACAAAUAUGAUCAAUGGAUCCCCAUUUUUUACCAAAAAAAAUAGCAUACUCCAUACUAGGGAUGUAAAAAAAAUAUCAGGAAAAGAAUUCAACCAAAAAAUUUACAAGAACUAUACAUACAACAUAAGUGUAAAUAAUACAUUAAACUGUUUCAACAUCAUGAAAGAGAUGCUAAAAUUGAAUAAUAAAAAAAGAAUUUUAAAUAACCUUGAAGAGAGUAAGGUGGAAAAGUUCCUAUACUACAAGCACUCAUUUGAGAAUGGACUAAUGAAGUUGAUAUUCAUUUUUUUAAGCAAUAUCAGUCGAAGUGGCAACCGAGGGGAGUUCCGCAAGGUGUUCAAUUUUGUAGAAAUGUUUAUCAAGAAUGAUAACUUAAAUUAUGUAAUUAUAUCCAUAUUGAUAUUGUCACAACUGUUAUUAUGCAUGCAUAUAGAGACAGAAAAUUUAAAAUUAAUUGAAUCCACAAUUAAAGCCUUAUGUUAUAUCGGCUGUGCUUACAAAAACGAUUUGAUUACAAAAUAUUUACAUCUAUGUUUCAAGAAUUUAUUCAUCAUUUUUAAGAAUAUCAUGAAAUAUCAAAUCGAAACAGGAUUAGAACCGUUCCCUGUUCUAAUCAAAGAAAAAUAUGCUUUACAUAUUCUUAAUUCUCUUUUUAUGAACCUAGGAAAUAAUGAUAAAAGUAUCCUUAAGGAAACAUUGAAUGCUUUCAAAGAAGCUUGCAAAUAUGAAAAUGACAAAUGGCCUUCCCACCGAUGUGCAUCUUAUGUAAAAAUUUUAACAGAACCUGCAGUAGUUCUUACUUAUCUGAAUAGUACUCAUGCAUCUGAGAAGGCGUACAUUUGUGGAAUCCUCACCGAGAUUUUUAAGACAUGCUAUAUGGAACAAUCAAAGAAAAGGAUCCAAGGGAUUCGUCUCACACAUGAAAAAUCAAUAAAAGUGGAAAAAUUACUCAAGAAACACAUAUACGAAAUUCUCACUUAUCUGAUUAUCCAUCUUGCAGAUAAAAGAAGAAACUUAUCAACCAAAGUUUGGGAAGCUCUAAAAGAACUCCUAAGAUUUAAAUUCUCUGAACAUGUCAAUCAAGCGUUAGCAUAUUUUGACCGAAAAAUGUUUCUACCAAGUAGAUUAGACGCAGAGGUAGGGGCAGAGGCAGAUACACAGGCAGAUGCAGAUGCAGAUGCAGAGGCAGACACAGAAACAGACAAUUGCAUUGUCAUACAGAAAGAAUAUUUCAAAGAUGCAAAUAUAAGUAAGGAAAAUAAAAUAAUAUCAUUGGAAAAUGAUGAAGCAUACUACUUUGCACGCAUCCCCAGUGAGAAUAAGAAAACUGGGAGUGUCAAAGGACAGAUGAGUAGGAACAGACUUGUAAAUAAUUAUCCCAGUAAAUGUUUUACAGAAUCUAAGAUGAAAAAGAAAGAAGAACAAAAUUUAUGUAUGAACAAAACAACUCCUGUUCAGAUGAAUUACUCCAAUGAUACUACUUCUAGGGAGACACAGGAGAGAAGAGAAAAAAGACUUAAAAUGAAUGAUAUCAAAAAAAGACAUUCAGCUGAUAGUGUUUCAAAUAAAUCGAACGAUAAGAGUGAUGGUAGUAAAGAGGAUAGUUCAUCACAAAAAAAGAAACAAAAAGUCAACAUGUACUAUUAUAACAUUUUUGUAGAAAUAUUUAUUCCUCUUAUCAUAUGUAUCGACACAAAGGUGUCUUACAAAAAAAAUUUAUUUACACAAUUAAAUAAUUAUUUGUACGAGAGUGAAUUCAACCCGAAUGUAGAAGAUUGUAACAACCUGAUUCAUAUAAAAAACGAAAAAAAUAAAUUGUACGAAAUAUUUUACACUCAUUUGAAGUUAGACUUGAGAAAUAUUAAUAGCUUAUACAGAGCCUACAUUAUUCUUCUAAACAGUAGAAGAUAUUUUUAUCAAAAAAUAAGGAACUCGAAAAUUCAAAUUAGUGAUGAUGUGGAGAAAAUGAUAAAAGAGUAUGAAAUAAAAAGUACCAAAUUUAGGGCAGAACAUGUGCUAUUUGGAGACUUGAAAAAUUACGUACAUAAGAAAAAAUUUGAAAGCGGAAAGGGAGGAAAUGACAAAAUGGGCGAAAUGGGCGAAAUGGGCGAAAUGGGCGAAAUGGACAGAAUGGACAGAAUGGACAAAAUGGAAAAAAUGGAAAAAAUGAAUGAAAUGAACGAAAUGAACGCAGAAGGAAACAUCCCCAAUAGUGGCACGCCUGCUUUAGCUAAUUCUCUCUUGAAUACCCUAUCAGAAACUUUAAACUACUCCUAUGAUAGCAUCUUUCUCAACAAUCAUAGUGCAAGCAUUGAGAAGGAAAAUGAACACAAACGAAAAUUUGCAAAAGGAAAUAAUGCCGAAAAGGUGUCACACAAAUGGAACCAAAGAUAUGCAGAUUUGGAACAAAAUGCGUACACUUUUAUGUCUGUAUCGAAAAAUGAGCAUUACAUAAACCAGGAGGAAGAAGCAACUGUGGAAGAGAAAGGAGAAAAUAGUGAAGAAGCAGAAAGGGGUUAUGGUGUGGCAUUGCAUAGAGAUCUCGAAUCGAAAAGAGACCAAAUUGAAGACAACAAUUUUGUUAACAAUCACAAACGACCAAUGCAUCGAGAUAAAGAGGAGAAAGCUUUCCUGAUUCUACAAAAAGGAUUGCAACACGAUUGUAAUGAAGUGAUAAGGGAGAAUAAGAACGACUUGGUGUUUGAAGAAGGGAUGAUUAAGACGAAACUUAAAAAGAAUUCUUCCUUACUGGAAUAUAAGAAAAGUCAUUCAUUAGACUCUGAAGAAAAAUUAUCUGACGAGAAUUAUAUGAAUUUUGUUUCAAGUAGUGAUGAGGAGGAUGGAAGAACAGCACCAUGUCAAGAAAUAACAUCUGGGGAUGAGUCAUAUGAAAAAGAUAUGAUCACAUCAGAAUUACGUCGAUAUACACCGAAUGAUAGAAACACAAAACAAUUUAUCAUGAGAAAGUGUGAAAAAAUACAACUAUUGAAUGAUAAAUACAACUUUGUUAAUCAUUUUAAAACUGUAUUAAAUUUAAAGAUGAAUCAAAAUUUGUUACACUGGAUUGAAAUGCUCAAGUUCAUAAAGGAAGAUCCAUCAUCUGAUUUAAUUUUAGUAGAGGAAGGAAAAAUUGCAAAUUUUAUUGAUUAUUUUGAGUCUUCUUUAAUAUGUGCCUUAACAGUCAUAAAAUUUGUUUCGCUCUCAUUGGAUUCUAAAAAGCUACAUAAGACUGCCUUGAAGAUUAUGAAAAUGGAACCUCGAACAAAUGAACAAGUAAACAAUGUGGAAAACGGAAAAAAAAAUUCACACUUGCAACAUCAAAUGGAGGAAAUGUAUUUAAUACAAUCGUUAUCCAUAUCUACAAAGCUUGAAGCCCUUUGUUCUUCUGUUAGCAAACAAUUAUGCACAUUUCUACAGCAGGAUAUAAGAUGCACUGAGCAUUUACCUCUAAUUAAGUCUCUCUCCAUCCUACCAACAUUGAAGCAUUUUUCACAAUUUUGA